AGCUGCCAUUCGGCACCGGAGUUGCUCCGCGCUCCCAGAAUGCACCGGCAGUCCGCGGGAAACCAAAAUGGCGAAGGGCUGUAGCGAAGUGGGCUGUGUUUGAGACCGGUGUAAGAACGCUGUCUUUACCCCCAACCCUCGUCCCCAAGGACCUCGGUUUGUGCGUGCGUAUGUGCGGGUUGCCCGGUGGGGCGGGUGCCCAGUAAGUGCUUGGACUCGCAGGGGAAGCGCCCACGGAGACGUGAUUGGUUGUUUUUUCCUGUAUGAAGCGGUUGGCACCACUGAAGUGACCGAAUGAGUGUUGCCCGGCUGUGAGACUAGGGUAUCUGCUGAUUCUGAACCACUAGUAGCAACCCUCACCAAGGGUCCCAGCAAGGUGAGGGAUGAGAGGAUAACAUCUACAGAUGGUUCAACCUGGUUCUCUUUGAAGUUUUCCUUUCAAGAAAUCCUCAACCAGAAUGGAAGCAACCAGUCUCAGGCUUCAUUUUACUGUACCUGCCUCAAGAAAUAAAGAAUUCCUUCCCAGUAGUUUUAGUGUUUAAGUAGAUUGCCUGCUGCUUCCCUUGUACCUGGGUCUUUGGCCCUGCUUGGCCUCAUCUGUGGGAAAGUUUCCAUCAACAUUGGCACUUCGUUAAGUUACAUUACAUCCUUCACAUCUGCUAAGUGGUACUCCAUGGGCUGAAGAGUAGUGGCAGGGCUACUGGAGACAUGGUUGUGAUGCAUCUGUCAAGGCUGAUUGGGGUUACCAGCGAAGAGGAGGGAAAAAUCUCAGCAGCACAUACAGUAGUGGGAUGAAAGUUCCUACUGGGGAGAGACUCUACAGGGGCAGGUAAUUCACUGGUCCACAAGCGGUCUCCUUUACGUCGAAACCAAAAGACCCCAACAUCCUUGACCAAGCUGUCUUUACAGGAUGGACAAAAAGCCAAAAAGCCAGCAUGUAAAUUUGAAGAGGGUCAGGAUGUCCUAGCUAGAUGGUCAGAUGGCUUGUUUUAUCUUGGAACUAUCAAAAAGAUAAACAUAUUGAAACAGAGCUGCUUCAUCAUAUUUGAAGACAGUUCUAAAUCCUGGGUUCUCUGGAAGGACAUUCAAACAGGCAGGAGCCACUGGAAGUGGGGAAAUGGUCUGUACAAUAUGUCAAGAAGAGUAUUCAGAAGCUCCCAAUGAAAUGGUUAUAUGUGAUAAAUGUGGCCAAGGAUAUCAUCAGUUGUGUCACACACCUCAUAUUGAUUCCAGUGUGAUUGAUUCAGAUGAAAAAUGGCUCUGUCGACAGUGUGUUUUUGCAACAACAACAAAGAGGGGUGGUGCGCUUAAGAAAGGACCAAAUGCCAAAGCAUUGCAAGUCAUGAAGCAGACAUUACCCUAUAGUGUGGCAGAUCUUGAAUGGGAUGCAGGUCAUAAAACCAAUGUCCAGCAGUGUUACUGCUAUUGUGGAGGCCCUGGAGACUGGUAUUUAAAGAUGCUACAGUGCUGUAAAUGUAAGCAGUGGUUUCAUGAGGCUUGUGUGCAAUGCCUUCAAAAGCCAAUGCUAUUUGGAGACAGGUUUUAUACAUUUAUUUGCUCUGUCUGCAGUUCUGGACCAGAAUACCUCAAACGUCUACCAUUACAGUGGGUAGAUAUAGCACACCUAUGCCUUUACAACCUAAGUGUUAUUCACAAGAAGAAAUACUUUGAUUCUGAACUUGAGCUUAUGACAUACAUUAAUGAAAACUGGGAUAGAUUGCACCCUGGAGAGCUGGCAGACACACCAAAAUCUGAAAGAUAUGAGCAUGUUCUGGAGGCAUUAAAUGAUUACAAGACCAUGUUUAUGUCUGGGAAAGAAAUAAAGAAGAAGAAGCAUUUGUUUGGGUUGCGAAUUCGUGUUCCUCCUGUGCCACCAAAUGUGGCUUUCAAAGCAGAGAAAGAACCUGAAGGAACAUCCCAUGAAUUUAAAAUUAAAGGCAGAAAGGCAUCCAAACCUAUAUCUGAUUCAAGGGAAGUAAGCAAUGGCAUAGAUAAAAAAGGAAAGAAAAAAUCUGUAGGUCGCCCACCUGGCCCAUAUACAAGGAAAAUGAUUCAGAAAACUGCUGAGCCACCUUUGGAUAAGGAAUCAGUUUCAGAGAAUCCUACCUUGGAUUUACCUUGUUCUAUAGGGAGAACUGAGGGAACUGCACACUCAUCGAAUACCUCAGAUGUGGAUUUCACGGGUGCUUCCAGUGCAAAAGAAACUACCUCGUCUAGCAUUUCCAGGCAUUAUGGAUUAUCUGACUCCAGAAAAAGAACACGUACUGGGAGAUCUUGGCCUGCUGCAAUACCACAUUUGCGGAGAAGAAGAGGUCGUCUUCCAAGAAGAGCACUCCAGACCCAGAACUCAGAAAUUGUAAAAGAUGAUGAAGGCAAAGAAGAUUAUCAAUUUGAUGAACUCAACACAGAGAUUCUGAAUAACUUAGCAGAUCAGGAGUUACAACUUAAUCAUCUAAAGAACUCCAUUACCAGUUAUUUUGGUGCUGCAGGUAGAAUAGCAUGUGGCGAAAAAUACCGAGUUUUGGCUCGUCGGGUGACACUUGACGGAAAGGUGCAGUAUCUUGUGGAAUGGGAAGGAGCAACUGCAUCCUGACUGUAGGACUGAACAUUAUGUUCACUGCACUCUCAUUUUCUGUAGGUACAGUUCAAAGCCCUAAAGGAUAAAGGAGUCUGGCUUUUACUAUCUUUCUUAAAAAAAAAAAAAAAAAGUUAAAAAAUUUCAAAAAAGGGGAUGAUACUAGCCUUAACAUGUACCUGUCAAUGUUAUGGAUAUUGUCAUAAAAAGAUAUCUUUUAAAAACCAGAACAGAGACUUAAUUUUUUAAAUCUUAAGAUUUGUAGAAUGUUUCUAGGGUAGGAUAUUAAAAAUGAUUCAAACCCCAUGCAUGGUGUUAGAUAAUUUUUCUAAUUACUCCAUUGAGUCAGUUUUUGUGAUUAGUGGGUAUCAGAGCAAACAGAUCAUGUAGAUAGCACAAGUAUUUGGAGAAACAUUGUCUGUUUUGUUACCAAAAUGUUGGAAAAAAUUCAUUUCAAUACCUUUUAGAUUUCAUAAAGUGCAGUGUAUAUAAUGCCUACUGAAAGACUGUAAAAUAUUGAAAUUUUCUUUCAAACAAAGUGUAAAAAAUAUAUUGAGCCUGUAAAUUGCUCUGUGACUAGACUUCAUUGUCGUCUUAAUAUAUUCUUUGCAUGUGCAUAUAUAUACACACGUGUAUAUAUAUGUGUGUGAUUAUGUGACCUAUGCAAUACAAAUUAUGGGAAUGGGCAGCUUUGGAGUAUAUAUCCCAUAAUUCUUUUUUCAGGAAUAGUUGCAGUAUUUACACAGCAGCAUUUCUUCUCAGGCUUUUAUUGGGUGCUGUUGCUUGCUAUGUAUGAAGAGAAAUGUGUCAGACAAGUUUAGUGUGUUCUGAAGAAGGGUGUGAACAACAGUGUUCAUGGGCUUUUAGAAUGCUUUUCACUGUCAGUCCUUGUAACUCAGCUGUUCAGUACCUAAAGCAAAUUCAAAUAAUAUGAACAUUAUCUCCUACUAGAAAUAACGUUUUUCAAGUUUUCAUGGCACAUUAUGAUUGUAAAUGUCUCUCAGUUUUAACAGUAAGUCUAUAGGAGUCCCGUGAAGAUUCCUGAAAUGUCUGUAGUAACUGUUAGUCAUGUUUGAUCAAGUGUAGUAUGAACAAAGUAUUUUAUUGCACAGGGUUAACAAACAGUAUGUUGCCAACUGAGGCUACUGCUGUUUUAUUACAACAUUACCUCUUGUUUUUAUAAAAUGUACCAAGAUUUAAAUUGAUAACUUUAUUUUACAUGUAAAAAACCAGUUUCUUUUAUCACAGUGUUAGAGUUGUCUUCUGUUUCUUUUUGUUUUGUUUUGUUUGUUUUCUUUUUUAGCCAAAGAGUAAACAGAAGAAUUUUCUUAUUUUGGUGGCGAUUCAUUUUACUUUUAAAAGUGAUUGGUGGAUUAUUAGACUAAACAUGGGGGAAUUUGCCACCAAAAUGAAAAAUAUGUAAAAUAUAGUGAUUGCAGAGUGGUAAAAAUGUGGGUUAGUACUUAUUUAUUCCAUUAAUUGAUUAUUUGACUGUUUAUAAAGAAAGUUGCUUUAUUUCUUUAAACAUCUUCAAAAGAUGAUCUUUUCUUGUCACAUUAUAGCCAAAAGAAGCAGAGAACUUCAUUGUCCUGCAUUUGGUUCCUGGUUGGCCAGGUAUAAAUGAGCUUUACAAAAGUGCAAAUUAAAAACUGUCACUUCUGUUUACCUCCACCAAAACUUGAUUUUCCCCUAGCUAUUAAUUUAAAGUUGCCUUUCCUGCAGCUGCAAUAUUUUGAAUAACACACAGAGUUUGUGUUGAUUUUUGAAUGUUUGUUUAUAUCUAGGGGUAAUGAAAAAUGUAAAUCCCGUGUAACCUUAUUCACUCCACCUGUAUCAUAUUAUUUCAUUUUCCCCUAAGUCCUUUAAUUCUAACUGAACACCAGCAGUAUUUUUAGAAACUUUAACAUACUUGGAAGACGAUUUAUCAAGCUGAACUGUCUUUAGACGUAAUUAUUGUGAAUGUCUGUUUUAUUUUAUCAUGGUGGUUCACAUGGCUCUGAUGUUCAGUUUGUAUUUUUGGAAUUGCUUUACUUAGAAUUAAAACAGACCAACAUUAAAUGUGUGUAUUUUUAAAAGA